AGGAACCCGUCCUCCGCGCUGCUGUCGCGCAUCCGCGACGCGAAGUUCGUGCCGUCGGGCGGUUCCUCCGCCAUGGGCGUCACCCCGGGCAUGGGGGCGGCCAUGGGGGCCUCGAUGGGCUCGAUGAUGGGUGGAAUGCCGAUGGCGGGGAUGAUGGGGAUGCCGGGCGGGUACCACCCCGCCAUGAUGGCCGGCAUGGCGGCAGGCUUCGGCGCCUUCGGCGGGAUGUUCCCAGGCAUGGGCAUGGGCAUGGGCAUGGGCGGCAUGGGCAUGGGCGCUUUCGGCGCCAUGCCAGGCAUGAGCCCCUGUGGCGCGGCGAUGUCCGCCUUCGGCGCAGCGCCGAGCGGCAGCAAGCAGAAGAAGGGCGCGAAAGCCGGCGGCAGCAGCAGCAGCGGCUCCUCAGAGGAGGAGGAGGAGGACUCGGAGAGCAGCUCCGAGGAGGAGGAGGAGGAGCAGCCGGAGGAGGAGAGCCGCGCAGGCCGCAAGGGCACCCGUGCUGCUGCGAAGAAGAGGAGGCGGAGCCGCAGCGCCAGAAGCGCGGACCCCGAGCCGCACUCCGAGGGCUUCCGAGGCGCGCCCCCAGGCGCCUAUUUUUCUUCGCCCGACCACUCCGCUGGGCAAGGCGGCCACUGGCUGCCUGGCGGCCACCAGGCCACCAUGAUGAUCAUGGACGGCAUCUCGAUGCUGCUUGGCAAGGGCAAGGGCAAGGAUAAGGACGGCAAGGGCAAGGGCAAGGACAAAGAGAAGAAGGGGAAGGGGAAGGGGAAGGGACCCUUCGCAGACCACUACUACGUGGACGGCAAGAUCUACAACUUCGCUGAGUGGAAGCUCAUUCAUCCCGGCGGCGACCUUUUCUUCGCCCCCGCGAGUCAGCGUGACAUCUCUGCGGCGGUCCACGCGUACCACGAAAAUCCAGAGAGGCUCAAGCCAAUCUUGGACAAGUACGAGGUGAAGCUCCCAGAGGGCAAGGAGCCGCGGGACAUCUUGGUGAAGGAUUUGGGUGUUCCGACCUUCAUUCUCCCUCCAGACUUCGACGCCGUGAAACACGUGCCUAUCUACGACUGGGAGGGCAAGGGCUUCAUGAAGUCGCUGAGGAAGAAGAUCGGCACCCCAGACAUGAAGAAGCGGAUCCGGCGAGCGGACUUUUGGUUCGAUGUCGUCGGGGCAGCCCUCUUCACCUUGCACGUGCUGAUCUCGUUCCCGGUGCUCGCGUACGGCAUGCUGCCUUGCUGGCUUUGGGUCUUCUUGCAGAUCGUCCUCCGCCAGGCCGUUGCAGCACUCGGGCAUUACCAUUGCCACCGCACGAAGAAUGGCAUUCUCGAUUGGGGCGACGCCUUGUUCGACAUUCAGUACAUCGGUGCGAGCGUGAUCCUCACAGAUGGCCACGUCAUGCUGCAUCACCUGUACACUGAGACGCCCGCCGACGUCAAGCGCACAGUGUUCAACUUUAUGCUGACGCUCCCACGCUUGUGGCGACUUCCACUGUUCACUCUCCAGAAGUUCGGCGAGUUCUUCAGCGGCCACUUGUUCCGCAUCGGCCUGAUGCUGCCUUGCUACGAGGAUGCCGAGAAAUGUAUCCAGAAGGAGCUUCAGAUCAGGUUCGCCCGGUUCUACAUGCUCUUCGAGCUCUACUAUUGCUACCGCACUGGCUACCUGCACUGGUGGGUCGUGCAAUUCUGUUUGUGCAUAUGGUGCAGCAUGUUUCAGAUAGUGGCCUCUCACGAUUUUGAGGUUGUCAGAGAGCAGGACGAACACCGCGGCAUGGACUGGGGCAUCCAUCAGGUGACGCACUCCCUGGACACGUACAUCACCGGCAUCCGAUGGGUGGACAUCUGGCUGUCUGCAGGCCUGAGUUGCCACAGGGUGCAUCACGUGCUCCCAUACCAGAGGUCUGGGUUCGCGAACAUAGUGUGCGAGGACGCGGUCAAGGAGACUUGUAAGGAGUUCGACGUCGAGUGGAUGCCCACCAGGAACCGAAGACGAAACUUGUCAUGA